GGCGCGACGGCACCUGAGGUACUGCGGCGGCGGCGGCCACUUGGAGCUGGCGGCUCGGGCUGUACUGCCGGCGCCGCCGCGUCUUUCUGGUAUCCUUCCCCGGCCGCGCAGGGAUAUAUCUGGAAUAUGACAUGCGUACUUUAUUUGAAGGUUUUAUAGGAUCACAUUAACAAAAGCACCAUGGAGUUUUAUGAGUCAACAUAUUUUAUUGUUCUUAUUCCUUCAGUAGUUAUUACAGUAAUUUUCCUCUUCUUCUGGCUUUUCAUGAAAGAAACAUUAUAUGAUGAAGUUCUUGCAAAACAGAAAAGAGAACAAAAGCUUAUUCCUACCAAAACAGAUAAAAAGAAGGCAGAAAAGAAAAAGAAUAAAAAGAAAGAACUCCAAAAUGGGAACCUCCAUGAAUCUGAUUCUGAGAGUGUACCCCGGGACUUUAAAUUAUCUGAUGCCUUGGCUGUGGAAGAUGAGCAAGUUGUACCUGUUCCACUGAAUGUGGUUGAAAGUUCAAGUAGUGUUAGAGAAAGAAAGAAGAAGGAAAAGAAACACAAGCCUAUACUAGAAGAACAGGUCAUCAAAGAAAGUGAUGUAUCAAAGAUUCCAUGCAAAAAAGUGGAACCUGUCCCAGUUACUAAACAGCCCACCCCCCCCUUGGAAGCAGCUGCCUCAAAGAAGAAACCAGGGCAGAAGAAGUCUAAAAAUGGAAGCGAUGAUCAGGAUAAAAAGGUGGAACCUCUUAUGGCACCGUCAAAAAAGCAAGAACCAUUACCCCUGCAUCAAGAGACUAAACAAGAAGGUGGAUCAGGAAAGAAGAAGGUUUCAUCAAAGAAGCAAAAGACUGAAAAUGUCUUGGUAGAUGAACCCCUUAUUCAUGCAACAACUUAUAUUCCUUUGAUGGAUAAUGCUGAUUCAAAUCCUGUGGUGGAUAAGAGAGAGGUUAUUGAUCUGAUUAAACCUGACCAAGUAGAAGGAAUUCAGAAAACAGGGGCUAAAAAACUGAAGAUUGAAGCUGAUAAAGAGAAUGCUGAAGUAAAAUUUAAAGAUUUUCUUCUGUCCUUGAAGACUAUGAUGUUUUCUGAAGAUGAGGCCCUUUGUGUUGUAGAUCUGCUAAAGGAAAAGUCUGGUGUGAUACAGGAUGCUUUAAAGAAGUCAAAUAAAGGAGAGUUGACUGCACUUGUACAUCAGCUUCAAGAAAAAGACAAGUUACUUACUGCUCUGAAGGAAGAUGCUGCUGCUAUGAAGGAUCGGUGUAAGCAGUUAACCCAGGAAAUGAUGGCAGAGAAAGAAAGAAGCAGUGUGGUUAUAGCAAGGAUGAAAGAUCGGAUUGGGACAUUAGAAAAGGAACAUAAUGUGUUUCAAAACAAAAUGCACGUCAGUUACCAAGAGACUCAACAGAUGCAGAUGAAGUUCCAGCAAGUUCGUGAGCAGAUGGAGGCAGAGAUAGCUCAUUUGAAGCAGGAAAAUGGCAUACUGAGAGAUGCUGUCAGCAAUACUACCAACCAGCUAGAAAGCAAGCAGUCUGCUGAACUAAAUAAACUGCGCCAGGAUUAUGCUAGGUUGGUGAAUGAGCUGACUGAGAAAACAGGAAAGCUGCAGCAAGAGGAAGUCCAAAAGAAGAAUGCUGAGCAGGCAGUUACUCAGUUGAAGGUUCAACUGCAAGAAGCUGAGAGAAGGUGGGAAGAAGUCCAGAGCUAUAUCAGGAAGAGAACAGCAGAGCAUGAAGCAGCUCAGCAAGAUUUACAGAGUAAAUUUGUGGCCAAAGAAAAUGAAGUACAGAGUCUGCAUAGUAAGCUUACAGAUACCUUGGUAUCAAAACAACAGUUGGAGCAAAGGCUAAUGCAGUUAAUGGAAUCGGAGCAAAAAAGGGUGAACAAAGAAGAGUCUCUACAAAUGCAAGUUCAGGAUAUUUUGGAGCAGAAUGAGGCUUUAAAAGCUCAAAUUCAACAAUUCCAUUCCCAGAUAGCAGCCCAGACAUCCGCUUCAGCUCUAGCAGAAGAGUUACAUAAAGUGAUUGCAGAAAAGGAUAAGCAGAUAAAACAGACUGAAGAUUCUUUAGCAAAUGAACAUGAUCACUUAGCAAGUAAAGAGGAGGAACUUAAGGAUAUACAGAAUAUGAAUUUCUUAUUAAAAGCUGAAGUGCAAAAAUUACAGGCCCUGGCAAAUGAACAGGCUGCUGCUGCACAUGAACUGGAGAAGAUGCAAAAAAGUAUUCACGUUAAGGAUGAUAAAAUAAGACUGCUUGAAGAGCAGCUACAAUGUGAAAUUUCAAACAAAAUGGAAGAAUUUAAGAUUCUAAAUGACCAAAAGAAAGCAUUACAAUUAGAAGUUCAGAAGCUACAGACUCUUGUUUCUGAACAGCCUAAUAAAGAUGUUUUGGAACAAAUGGAAAGAUGCAUUCAAGAAAAAGAUGAGAAGUUGAAGACUGUAGAAGAAUUACUUGAAACUGGACUUAUUCAGGUGGCCACUAAAGAGGAAGAACUGAAUGCAAUAAGAACAGAAAAUUCAUCUCUGACAAAAGAAGUUCAAGACUUAAAGGCCAAGCAAAAUGAUCAGGUUUCCUUUGCAUCUCUAGUUGAAGAACUUAAGAAAGUGAUCCAUGAAAAAGAUGGAAAGAUCAAGUCUGUGGAAGAGCUUCUGGAAGCUGAACUUCUCAAGGUUGCUAAUAAGGAGAAAACUAUUCAGGAUUUGAAACAGGAAAUAGAGGCUCUAAAAGAAGAAAUAGGAAAUAUCCAGCUUGAAAAGGCUCAACAGUUAUCUAUCACUUCUCAAGUUCAAGAACUUCAGAACUUAUUAAAAGGAAAGGAGGAACAGAUGAAUACCAUGAAGACUGUUUUAGAAGAGAAGGAGAAAGACCUAGCCAAUAAAGGGAAAUGGUUACAGGAUCUUCAAGAAGAAAAUGAAUCUUUGAAAGCUCACGUUCAGGAGGUAGCACAACAUAACUUGCGAGAGGCAUGUUCUGCCUCACGAUUUGAAGAACUUGAGAUUGUGUUGAAAGAAAAGGAAAAUGAAAUGAAGAGAUUAGAAACUGUGCUAAAAGAAAGGGAGAGUGAUCUUUCUAGAAAAACAAAGCUGUUACAGGAAGUACAAGAUGAAAACAAAUUGUUUAAAUCACAAAUUGAGGAGCUUAAGCAGCAGAACUACCAACAGGCAUCUUCUUUUCCCCCUCAUGAAGAACUAUUAAAAGUAAUUUCAGAAAGAGAGAAAGAAAUAACUGGUCUCCAGAAUGAGUUAGCUUCUUUGAAGGAUGCUGUUGAACACCAGAGGAAGAAAAACAAUGACCUUCGGGAGAAAAACUGGGAAGCAAUGGAAGCAUUGGCAUCAACUGAAAAAAUGCUGCAGGACAAAGUGAACAAGACUUCCAAGAAUGCACCUGUGAUGCACAGUGGACUCUCCUAGGUUCUUUGAGGCACUCCAAGAUGACUCAGACAAGGUGGAAAAUGAUAAAAAUCUUCAGAAGUACAAGGACGGGAUCAAUUCUGGGUGUGUUAUUGGGGGUGCUUCCUUAGAAGAGAUGGAAUUAAAAUUAAACUUUAGGUUUUGAAGUAUCUGGGCAGUAAUGAUGCACAUUUUAUGUUUAGUAUGGAAUAUUAAUGUAAGGGAUAAUCCUCUUGACCAGAGUAUGUAAAGUGCUCCUGAAACAUAUAUCCCCUUCUGUCUUAAAGACGAUUAAAGGUAUUGUCCCUGAGUUCAAGUUGUUCCAUGGAUUUAAAGAUUUCUAAUGAAUUGUAAUCGAGAAGCUGUUUUUAAAGAUUGAGAGAAAUAAAUGUGCCAGUUCAGUCAAGCACUUUGAAAAUUCCUACCAAGAAUAAAUGUGGAACAGAAUUAUUGAAUUUCAUAUAUGGGUUAAUUAAAGUUCAUUAUGUUAUUCAAUUCAGCAUUCUGUAAGUAUUUUGUGUGCUAAGGUAAUAUGCUGAAUUUUAAAUGUAAGUCUUAGUGACAUUUGAAGGACUUUUUUUUAAGCAGAAUAGAAUUUUAAUAAAUUUUUUUAUCAGUCAUGUUUGUAGUUAUAUUUCCUUUAGUGUAAAUGGAUUUGUAUUUACUUAUAUACUUAUUCAUCAGGCCCUAAUUUUCACUAAAACCUUAAUUUGAGAUAUUGGCAGAUAUUGGAACCAGAGAAAUCUAAGCCAGAGAGUGGAAAAAUCUAGGCCAGGUAGGACGUUAUUAUUUUAUUGUCAGUGGUUGCAGUCAGCCCUGUCAGCAGUGGGGGUUCUGUGUAGUUUCUGAUUGUUUCUGUAACUUUGUUUUUCACUGUUAAGAGCUACCUUUUAGCCUUAUUUUGUUAAUGAGGCUGGUUAUCUAGAAAGUGCUAAACUCUUAAUAUGCCAUUCCUACAAGAAGUUAUGUGCCACCUGUCGUAGGCAUUCUUGCAUAUUAUGAUGCCAAAAGAAAGCUAGAAUUUGUUUCAUCAUGUGUUUGGUGGUGAAUUUAAGAAUUUAUAUAUAUUUCAGAACUAAUCACCAAGUGCAUGAUGGCUUCUCGCAUGGCUGAUGAUCUACAGAGCAUAGACUUUAUACUCCUUCUCUAUUUUAAUGGAAUUUAGACAGUCCUCAGAUAGCAUAGGUAUAAAAUGAUGUUGAUUGACCCCUGACUACAGGUUGUGCUGUAAGGAGUAAAUGUUCUUGAGGACCUACUAUUAAUGACAGGUUCACAUGAAAGGUACUUCACACAUGUUACAUUUAGGUAAAGAUAGUAAGGAAAUUAUAAUAAUGCAGUUUUCAGUAUUAAAGUGGAAUAGAAAUUGCUAUCCACAACCAAACUACUAUGUCAAAUGAAAACGUUUUACCUAAAAUUGCUAGUACAUCCUUGUGCUUCUUAGUUACAAGUUAGACACCUAUUUCCUUUAGUUAGAUUCUUUUUCCCUUGGGGAAUUUUCAAAAAAGUUUCUGUUCCACAGUGUCUCUUUUCCUGAUCUUCUUUAGAGAUUGCUCUACCACUUCUAUGGUCAGAUGAUAAAAAUGAGCUCUUCAUUGUUUCUGAAUUAGCAGUUAAUCAUUUUCCUUAAAUGAGUGUACCUUAUUUUAUGCAGUUAGGUGGAUGUAUCCCUGAAAAAUAGUGGACUUUACUGAGUUAUUGAAAAUACUCCAUUAAAACAUCCAUUUUUAAAAUCCUGCCAUUAAUCUGAAUAAAGUAACAGCUUUUUGUGUGUACAGAAUAUGAUUAAUCUCUAGCUUCUUAUUGUGUAACUUUAGAUUUUCAUGUUAUUAGAUUUUCUUAAAUUGAAGUGUGUGCAUCUUAAAUCCAUAAUAGAUUUGAAAGAUUGAUUUAAAUGGUGGAGGAAGAUAGGGUUGAGAUCUUGCUAGCUUGCUUGCCUUCUUGUCACCUGUUGAACUUCACCAGUGUUUUGAGAUGAUUUUCUUGGCUUGGUUUAGAUGUGCAUUUUUAUAUAUGUCUAUUUUUGUUUUUUAAUCUUGUAGAGAUAGUUUGAAUAUUCGAUUUUUAUUUUUUCGUGUGAUCAAGUCAUUACCCUAAUUUUGACAAACAAUGCUUUUGAGUUAAUAAUUGAUACCCAUUAGACUUGGAUUUAAAAUCACCAAAUCUAGACAUGCAUUUGUGAUACUUAUCUUUAAAUUUAACAGCUGACAGAGUCCAUACACACAUGCCAGAGUUAGUCUUCUUGACGGCAUUGGUGAAGUAGUGCACCAUCAGUUUUUCCUCUUUCUCUUUUUCCCAUAUGUACACCUGUCAAAUUUUGGUGGUUCCUUUUUCCCCCCCUUUGUUUAGCUUAAAUAGCUUCACCUGACCUUGAAACUGGAAGUAUCAAAGUUGCCAUUUUAAUUCCAUGGUCCAUCAGUGAUGCAUUUUUUGGAAAGAGAUUUACCAGCCUAAUAAGCCUCAGUUAUGUCACCCAGAUGCAUAUUUUUUGCAUGCAGUUUGUUUUAGCUGUAGGAAUUAUUUUUUGUGUUUUUGUUUGUUUUUUGAAUUGUUCCUGGAGGGGUAUCACUUGAUGGCAAGGAGAAUGUCCAUAUUGUCAGAUAUUGCCUUAGUUUGAUUAAUAUAAGACAUUGUUACUUAGGGUGAUUUUGCAGAUUUUUUCUUAUGUAAGCAUUUUGAUAUUUCAGAAUGGGAAAUUUGAACAUUUGUCAGUAAUAAGAAGAAUUUUUAAAAUAUUAAGUCUUUUUCUUCCCUUAGAGCUUAAAAGACUGUAGCUUUUUUUUUUUUUAAUUCUGUAAUCUUGUAAGUUUGAUUUGGUUCUUCUUCUGCUUUAGGAAAGACAACAGCAUGUGGAAGCUGUUGAGUUAGAAGCUAAAGAAGUUCUCAAAAAAUUAUUUCCAAAGGUGUCUGUACCUUCUAAUUUG